AUGUGUAGAUAUGAAAUAGAAAUACAAGGAGUUCAUGUAAAGGUGAGUAUAGCAGACCGUGCUGCUCUUGUAGAUGCACAUAUUUCUGAGUUAAGGUCUCCCUUUGAUCAAAAGCUGCCUUCUGUUGCUCCUCCCCUUGUGGCGUUCGAUAUUAAGUGCAUUCCAAGCUACAAUGGUGCUGCAUUGCUGGUGCUAUGUGUGGGAACUCGCUGCCUCAUAGUUCAGCUGUACUGCAUAGAUUCAUUUCCUGAGUCCAUUAAGAAGUUUUUGAACGAUCAGAAUGUGUGUUUUGUGGGAGUUGGAGUGAAGGAGAAAGUCGGUAAGCUGCAGCAUUGGCCGCAGAUGUGUGGGUGUAAGACAGGUGUGGAGUUGGGUCAUUUGGCUGCUAGGGUUCUUAAGAAGCCCAAUCUUGAUGAUGGGUGUGAUUUAGUUGAGUUAGCAAGUGAAGUUGGGCUGUUCUAUGGGGAACCAAAAAGUGUUGACACUUUCUCAGACUGGACUGCUAGGGUUUUUACCCAUGAACAGGUAAAGCAUGCCAUCUAUGAUGCUUAUGGUUCUUAUAGGAUUUCAGACAGUCUGUUGGGUUUGCUCUAG